CUUGGCCGCCAUACUGCCAGUACGUGGUUGUGGGACUUGUUGCGAGAGGCAGAGCUGCAGUAGGGGCAGGCUGCACGUUUCCUGUAUACUUUUCCGGCCUGCAUUUUGGAGCCACCCUUCAUCAAAGUUUCAGGAAGAUUUGCAGGACAUGCAAGUGUGACAUCAGUUGUGACAAGCUCAUUUAAUGCGUACCUAUGUUUUCAACCAUUUGGAUCAUCACGUUUUUUCCCCAUGCUUGAAAUGACUGACUAACUAUGCGCAUUUGUUUCUGAGUUCUUGGAUAUUUCCAUCUUUUGACAAAUCUAAAACUUCCACGUGAUGAGAAGGUUGAAUAUGCCAUCUGUAGUAUUGUGCCUGGUUCUUUAUCUACUUUCGGCUGCGUGGUCAGGCCCUGUUAUUCCAAGGAUGUUGUGGCAAUAUGAAGAAUUGCCUUUGAUCACAUUUUCUGCAAGUGGAGUGUCAAACUAUUCAACGUUGUUGCUGAGUGAAGAUCGAGGUGUGCUAUAUAUAGGUGCCCAGGAAGCCGUCUUUGCUGUGAACAUGACAGACAUUUCGUGUAAAAAACAUGAGGUAUUCUGGAAAGUCCCACAGAGAAAACAGAGGGAAUGUGCAGCUAAAGGAAAAUCCAAAGUGACUGAAUGUCUGAACUACAUACGCAUCUUGCAUGAAUUUAGUAAUGAAAAGCUCUAUGUGUGUGGGACUUUUGCAUUUCAACCAACCUGUGAUUACCUUUCAGUUAAGAAUUUUACUCUACAAGGCCAAAAUGAAGAAGGUAAAGGAAAAUGUCCAUUUGAUCCUGCUCAAAGAUAUACUUCAGUUAUGGUCGAUGGCGAGCUUUACUCAGGAACGGUCUUCAAUUUCCUGGGAAGUGAGACAGUUAUUCUUCGGAGCCAUUUGCGGACAGAAUAUGCAAUACCCUGGUUAAAUGAGCCAAGUUUUGUCUACUCCGAUGUGAUAAGAGAGAGUGAAAAUAGUUUGGAUGGUGGUGAUGAUAAAAUUUAUUUCUUCUUCACUGAAGUGUCCGUUGAAUACGAAUUUAAUAGCAAACUUCUCGUACCACGAAUAGCGCGAGUGUGCAAGAACUACUUGGAAGUAUUUGAUUGCAGACCUGAACAAGAACGUGUCCCAAACUUGAUGAAAGUUCAUGUGAGUAAUUUGGAAGUAUCAGCAGUCUGUGCCUUUAACAUGUCCACUGUGGAAGAUGUUUUCUCUAAAGGGAAAUAUAUGCAGAGUGCUACAUUUGAACAGUCCCAUGUAAAAUGGGUCAGAUACAAUGGACAAGUUCCAAAACCUCGCCCUGGCUCAUGUAUAAACAAUGAAGCGAGAGCUUUGAAUAUCAACAGCUCACUGAUGUUACCUGACAAAACUCUUCAGUUUGUGAAGGAUCACCCUCUGAUGGCAGACCCAGUGAAUCCUAUAGGAAAUAGACCAAAAUUGGUGAAGAAGAAUACAAACUAUAUACAGAUUGUUGUGGACAGAGUUAGGGCACUUGAUAACAACCUCUAUGAUGUCAUGUUUGUGGGUACAGAUAAAGGCUUAUUGCACAAAGCAAUUAACUAUGAUAAUGAAAUGCAUAUAAUUGAAGAACUCCAGAUUUUCCCUGACUCUGAGCCUGUGCAGACAUUACUCUUGUCCAAAGAGGACAAAAAGUAUCUUUAUGCAGGGUCUCAUUCUGGUGUUGUUCAAGCCCCUGUUGCUUUUUGUGAAAAGUAUAAAACCUGCAUGGAUUGCAUUUUGGCAAGAGAUCCCUAUUGUGCCUGGAACACUGGAAGCAAAAUCUGUGCCUGGAUUACGGAAAAUUAUACCGAUAAGAGCAAUUUGAUACAGAAUCUGAAUGGAUUUGAAGUUCCUUGCAGAGCUGAAGAUGUGGAAUCUGCAAUAUCUGAAGAACAUCAAAUGGAUCCAGGAGGAUUUAAAGAAUUGAAAUGCCUCCCUAUGUCUCAACUGGCUAAAGUUAUAUGGAAGUUAAAUAACAAUACUCUCAGUGAGAAUUCAAAAUACCGACUUGUUCAAAACAAUUUGCUGAUUUUUUCUGUAAAUGAAGAUGAUUCUGGUACCUAUGAUUGCUGGGCAGUAGAAUCUGUGAAAGGACGCCUGUAUGAACAGCUGGUGCAAAAGUAUUCUCUGAUCGUAAAGGGUCCAUCUAAAGUUGUAACAACCUCCCCAACUACACCAUUUACCAAAAUGGAAGGUAAUUCUGCAUCAACUCAGACAAGCACAGAUAAAGAGUGGAGGUCUUCUCACACUGUCACACCCCAGAUUCAAACUGAUAUGACCACUUCAACUGUGCCAUAUGCUUCAGUUUCCACAUCCUCAAUCCCUCCACUUCCAAAUUCAGCAGUAGACACUCAAGCUAUCAGUGAGCCUUCAACUGCAGGAAGUAAUGAUAGGGUUCUGUUAUCUUUACUUGUGGUGAUUACGCUUCUUUUCCUAAUCCUAUUUUGUUACAAUUGUUACAUGAAAUACUUGCCGGCUCCUUGCCUGAAACUACGUCUACGUAUAGUCGGUAAUGAAAAGAAACCAGAAUUUGAUUAUGAUGUGUCUGAGGAACUGGUAAAGCAUCAGGCAGUGAAAAUCAAUUCAGAUAAUCCAGGUAGAGAGCAGAUUGCUGCUGGUGACAAGGGUUAUGAAACUGAGUCAGACUGUGGGAAUGGCAAAAUUCCAAGUUCAGAGAAACCUCAAGAGCUCAAGCAAAUUCAAGAAAACCAUUCGAUUGGUUUGAUUGAUGCAGAGAAAGAUGCAGAUAUUCUUGACAUUAAAUUCAUUGAUGAGGAAGUUCAGAAACGCAUAAUCUAUCUUACUUGUGUCUUUAGAACUCUGUUCAGUUUGUACCUUUCUGUCUCACAGCUUCUCCUGUUUUACCUUUCACUCCUAUUGGUCCCUCCUCCACCUCUUGGGCCUGGUCCAUCUCCUCCCUUUGCUAUUACCCCACCACAAGGGUCUUCUCAUGAUUGGUCCAGUACAGACAGUACAGUGGUUCAGCUGUUACCACCACUGCUGAGCGACCAGAUACUUAAUGUGUGUAGCCCUGGAUCUGUUCACCUCUUCUGUCAAGCUAUUGGACCCAAAGAUUUGCAUUUUAUUUGGAAGAAAAAUGGUCAAAGGGUGACAGAAUCGGUUACGCACCAAACACAGCCAUUAAGAGAUGGGAGAAUCCAUAUUAUCAGCUGGCUGAAGGACACAGUAACAACUGACACACAAUAUCAUUGUCAUGUUAUAUCCAAUAAAGGAAAAGCAAAGUCAAACGUACUCAUUGUCGUUAAAGAUAAUCUUGCGCAAAAGACAUGGUCGAAGGAACUGGCAAAAUGGAGGAAGGCAAUAGAUGAUCAUGAACAAAUGAUGCAGGCUUGGAUGAAGUCAUGGGGAAAGUCAUUGACGAAGCAGCUGAAGAUGGUUGGGCCUUCACACCACCCUCAUGAAUCCCUGCAGACUGCCGUCCAACAACCACAACCAUCUUCCUAUUUGCCAGGCUACCAACUCUUCAAUGUGUGGACUUGA